AUGAACGCGUCCCUAAACCUAUCUGGCAUGGACCUGGACCUUCAAAGGAUGGCGCAGAUGCACCACCGCUACGUCAAGGUGAGCGUCAUUAUCCUCCUGGGGGUAAUAAUCAUUUUGGGGAACAUCGCGGUGCUCCUGGUGAUCACGUCGUCCGUGGCCGGCUGGUCGAGGAGCUCCCGCUAUUUCCUACUCUCGCUGACGGCCGCGGACUCUGCCUUCGGGCUACUGGUCAUGCCCUUAAACCUGUUGGUGAGUCUUCUCAAGGACUACACGGACGGGCCCGACCAGCUGUGUCACCUGGUGGCCUUUUGCAACGCCACAGUGUACGCCACAUGCAUGUACACGCUGGCCGCCAUCAGCCUGGAGCGUUAUGUGGCGGUGCUCUACCCACUAAAGUACUCGUCCAUAAUGACAAGGAGACGGACUCUACUCCUGAUCGCCUUCUCCUGGUGCUUCCCAGCGUGCCUCCUGUCGCCCAUUUGCUUCCCGGGCGGCAUCAUCGAGGUCCGCUUCUCCAACGCCUCGCUCGUAUGCAAUCCGUCCUACUCCAGCAACGUGGGUUACUCGCUGAGCUUGGCCUGUGUCAUCUUCUUCCCGUGCUCCGCGGUCAUGACCUACGCCAAUUUGAGAGUGUGGUCCGCCGCCCGGAGACAGAGCCGCAAACUGCGGCAGUUGGCGCACGUGCAGCGGAGGAGACACAACGUGGCCUCUAGGGUGUUGGUGCCCGUCAUGGCUGCUUACUUUGCUUGCUGGACGCCGUGCAUGGCGGCCAUGAUCUACAACGCACUCUCAGGUAGCUGUGUACCUGAAUGGCUGGAAUUUGUUGUAAUGUGGCUGCCGACAUCCAGCGGUUUUCUCAACUGCAUCUUCUACUUCUGGAUCAACAAAAGCUUCCGUCAAAAGUUCCACCUUAUCAUGCACAGACUUGCCCAGACUGUCUGUCCGGCUCUCGUCGACAACCUGGGAUGGUUCAGAGCCUUGAAGGUUCCGUUUGGCUCGGCGUUUAAUAACAACAAUGUAGUCCAUGAACGUUCUUCGAGCGUUUCCUCCACCGGCACGCUGAUGACCUUGAUCUAA